CUGCAGCUUCCGUUUCACAGCAAAGCAAGCUCAAUUACACGCGUGUUCGGUCUAGCUGUUCUCAAUUUUGGAUAUGUGAGCAAUUCAUAAUGCAGAAUUGCACCAAUUCACCGGAAGUUCAAACCGCUUCCAUUCGUCCUCCGCCUCCAGAAUUCCCCGGAGAUGACACCAGACCGACAUCUAAGAAGGAGCUCGCUGGAUGGUACAGCUAUGGCUGGGCUGCCGAGGUUUUUACAGUGUGCGCUAUGGGAUCGUUCCUCCCCAUCACCCUAGAGCAAAUGGCUCGAGACCGCGGUGUACUUCUUUCGGAUAAGACAAUACCGUGCAGUGCUUCUUGGAGCUCUCUAGAGCCGACCUCACCAUCGGGGACAUGGAACACCAUCUUUGAUGCCACUGCAUCUAUCAAACCAGGCUCACCGAGAACAAGCCAGUGCAUUAUCCAUAUACUCGGCGUUGAAGUCAACACUGCAAGCUUCGCUAUGUACACAUUCUCACUGAGUGUGUUCAUACAAGCCAUUUUGAUAAUAUCAAUGUCAGGUGCUGCGGAUCACGGAAGCUACCGCAAAAUGCUGUUGGUCAUCUUUGCACUUAUUGGCUCCGUUUCUACGAUGCUGUUCCUUGCAGUCGUUCCAAGGCUCUACCUUCUAGGUGGGUUGUUAGCGAUUAUAGCUAAUACAUGUUUUGGAGCUUCUUUUGUACUAUUGAAUUCUUUUCUGCCUCUGCUGGUUCGCUAUCAUCCCAUAUUGCUGGGUGGACAUGGUGAGGAGGAUUCACCCGCCGAGACCAACCAUGAUUCGACCUCUACCGCCGAUGGCUCGGGUCAAACCGACGGAACUGAAACAACAUCACUGCUUCGGCCAGAACAAAGCCGCAAUGCCUCUUCUACGGGCGAUGAAACUCAAGUGUUUGCCUCGAAAACUUCUCAGGAAUUGAAGCUCUCCACAAAGUUAUCCUCAAACGGGAUCGGCAUCGGAUACAUAGGUGCAGUGAUACUGCAAGCCAUUUGCAUCCUAGUUGUUGUCGAAACUCACCAGACAACAUUCUCGUUACGCCUAGUCCUCUUUUUGAUUGGGCUCUGGUGGUUUACCUUCACCAUACCCGCGGCAAUGUGGCUACGUGCCCGGCCCGGCCCGCCCCUUCCAUAUGGGAAAGAGACUCGUACAUGGACUAGUUAUAUGGCAUACGCUUGGAAAUCUUUGGGCAGAACAAUAAUGCGCACUCGACAUCUGAGAGAUAUCGUGUUGUUCCUGGCAGCUUGGUUCCUCUUAAGUGAUGGUAUCGCGACAGUCAGCGGGACCGCCGUUCUGUUUGCAAAGACACAACUGGGAAUGCAACCAGCCGCUUUGGGGCUGAUAAAUGUCAUUACGAUGAUUGCAGGAGUCUUUGGAGCAUUCUCUUGGAGCUUUGUGUCGCGGGCAUUCAAUCUCCGAGCUUCACAAACGAUAGUUGCUUGCAUUGUUUUAUUCGAGCUUGUGCCGCUCUAUGGUCUCUUAGGCUUUAUCCCCGCAAUUAAAAGCCUAGGGUACUUAGGCCUCCAACAACCAUGGGAGAUGUACCCUUUGGGUGUCAUAUACGGACUCGUCAUGGGUGGACUUUCUUCAUACUGUCGGAGCUUCUUUGGGGAAUUGAUCCCUCCGGGAUAUGAAGCUGCAUUCUAUGCUUUGUAUGCCAUCACUGAUAAAGGUUCCAGUGUUUUUGGUCCCGCCAUUGUUGGAAUCAUCACCGAUCGUUACGGGGAAAUCCGACCUGCCUUCGUCUUCCUGGCUGUCCUGAUCUUGCUUCCUUUACCAUUAAUGCUCUUGGUCGAUGUAGAGCGUGGAAAGAGGGACGCGCUUUCACUUUCGAAGGAACUCGAGGGAAGAGCCAGACAGGAGGUACCGGCCUAUGGAGCUGUCACCCAAUGCCCGUCUCAUAACGCGAACCUAGUGGAAUAGAGGCGAUAGGAUGACUCGUAAUUCAUGUUUUUACUCGUCUGAGUAGAUGUGGCAAUCACCCGAAGGUGUUACUAUGUGUGGCCGAACGAUGGCCCUGUUUGUUUUACCCCGGGUCUAAGG